GUCAUGCAUUAUCACAUUAUCAUAAUAAGCCCCGGGGCCAUUAUCGAUAAUGGCCCUGCCGAAUUUGACUGGAUUAGGUUUUCGUCUUAACAGUACAAAUGCAUGGGACGUAAAGUCUAGAACCAGACUUAAAGCACGAAUGCACGUGCUUUUGUGACGUGUUUUUGCGGUCAAGAUGGCUGCCGAGAGGACUCUGGAGUCAUUGGCAAAUAGAUUGAUGGAGUUAGAUAGUACAAUAGAACGAAAGAAAAAGAAUUAUACAGCCGAAGAAGCAGACGAAUUCAUUGAAAGCAAGAAAAACAAGAACACGAAAUUAAAAACUACAAGUGACAUGAAAAAAUUCAAAUGUUUCCUGUCAGAGGAUGGCGAGGACAGACCAGUAGAAAUGAUACCUGCGAAAGAACUUGAUGCUUAUAUUUCCAGGUUUUUAUUAAGUAUUAGAAGAACGAAGGAUGAUUCCGACAUGGAACCUUCGACUUUAAGAGGUAUUUUUGCCAGCAUAGGCCGGUAUCUCAGCGAUAAAAGCUAUGGAACCGAUCUGAAGGAAAAGGAGUUUAGAAGAAGCAGAGAAGUUUUGAAGGCUAAAUGUAAAGACCUAAAAGAAAAGGGGAAGGGGAACAAGCCAAACCGAUCAGAGCCUUUUACUAAAGCAGAGAUUGAAAUUCUUCACAAGAAACAGAUUCUUGGAGAUCAUUCUCCUCAAGCUUUGCUAAACUCGAUGUGGUUAAAUAACACAAUGCAUUUCGGUUUGAGAGGUCGCCAGGAACAUCUGACAAUGCUUUGGGGAGACUUAGAUGUAGGUGUUACUGCAGAUGGCACUGAAUAUGUAGCAUUCACGGAAAGAGCAACAAAAACGAGGAAUGGGUCAGAGAGAGAUCCCAGGCAUUUUACUCCGAAAAUGUUCGCACAGCCAGGUGAUGAUGCUUGUCCAGUGAGAUUGUUUAAACUGUAUGGAGAAUUGAGACCAGUGAAGAUGUGCUCCCCAGACUCCAAGUUUUAUCUCUCGUUGAACCCUAAUUUUGGAAAAGAGUGUGCUACAGGGCACUUGUGGUAUAUAUCUGCACCGAUGGGCAAAAACAAGCUUGGAUGCAUUGCGAAGACUAUGAGCAAGGAGGCUAACUUCCAUUCCCGGCACUCAAAUCACUCAGGCAGGAAAACAACUAUUUCCAAUCUGUUAAAUGCUGGCUGCCAUCCUACCGAGGUGGCCCAGUUGUCAGGACAUAAAAAUUUGUUGUCACUUAAUCAGUAUCAUACAGUUUCAUUGGUUAAACAGCAAGAAAUGUCGGCCAUAAUCCACCAGAAUGCACCUUCUACAUCAGUUGCGCAUGUCCUGCAUGAAGGUCAGCAGCAGCCCACUGACAUACAGAUGGAUGUAGAUAACACUAUGUCAGACGAAGAGUUACUUGCCGCAUCACAAGACAUUGAAAAUGCAUUGUCAGCAAUUAACAAUUACGAAGAAGUUGUAACAUCUAAAGCAAAUACUGUAAUAAAUCUCCCCCUUAUGCAGAGUCCUGGUGGUAACCUUCACAUGACAAAUCAAAAAUUCAACCCAAUGGGUUUUUUCAGAGGAUGCACUUUUAAUGGUGCUGUAAACAUUGUUUUGAAGUAAAUACAGAUUUGUGAUGUCUAUAUGUAAAACGCUUAUGUGAAGCAUGUGAA